AUGGCAGCAGUCGCCUCAAACCUCUCCCUUAUACCUGCACUUCUACAUGUUUCGAGGCUGAAGAUCAUUACUGCCGCUGCCUUCAGCCGGAAGUCGGAACACGGACACAGAGCGGAGGUCAAUGAAGAAUACGAGAUGCUCAUUCAAAAUAUGGACGACUUAGGAUAUAUCACGCGCGAUUUCAAUCUCGAUGUGGCAGAUCUCAGUAGAGAUUUCAAAAUACAGCUCUCGUCUACGCUCUCCCAAUUCAAAGACAUGAGACCCCGGGCAGACUUUGGGAACUCUGUUCAUGUCAAAGUCUCAACAGCAUGUGCUUUGUGGUUGGGCGCUCGCAUCCCUUGGCUGCCGGAUUCUAAUUUUCAUCGUCACAAUCUUGGGCCGUGUACAGCGUGUGGCACAACGAUCAUGGCUACCUUCAUAGUCCACGGUUGCCUUCGGCAGCCCGCUCCACGGUUUUCGGAAUCUUUCUGUGCUCCUUGGAUUCGCAACCUACCUGGAAUAGAGCAGUAUCUGGACGAAGUCGCAGACGACCGGGUUAAGGCGGUACGAAAACUCGGACAUUUUCUCGAAAGGUUACAUUCCCACGUGAGGUCGUUAUUAGACAUGUCGAGAAAAGGCAAGGAUUUGUGCGAAAUGGUUGAGCGUAACUUACAAAAUAUUGCUAGCUAUAAUCAUGAGGACGAUAGAUCGAUCAAGACGCAAUUGAAGGUCAUGGAGAAGCAAAAGUGGCAUUUGAGCUCUUGGUUAGAGUGGCUACGGAACUCGACUGGUAUGUAUGAAAAACAAGCUUCCCUGCAAGUUGUUCACAAUGACCCCACAAGAACAAUGGAGCUUCAGGACUUUGCCUUCCACUUAUUCGAAGGCUCUAAGAGCGUCCUCUAUAACUGGAGCUCGAUAAUUCAAGGCAUAUACAGAAGCUUGAAAACCUUUGAGGCCUCGGCAGACCAAGGAUGGCAAGGAGCGUGGCAAAACUGGCAACCAUGGGACGAACUGCAAGCUGAGUUGGAGACAUUAUGGCCUAUCGUCGAUGCAUUGGAAAUGGCCCAUCGGAAGCUGCGUGCAAGGAGCUCUGAUAGUGGAGAUUGUUGGAAGAAAGCCGGGGAGUAUUGCGCCCAAAAAGCUCGAUCUUUCCGCGGUGGUCACGGCAUUACCUUUGAUUGGGAAGAGUGUUAUCGGGUGUUGACUUUGUCUAUCGUGGAAGCUAACAGCUUUUGA